CCCCUAUCGAUUUAAAAAUCACAUUGAAGAAAUCUGCAUGACGCGGUGGAUUUGUGGCCAAUGACGCCAUGCGACGGACCGUCGACUCCGGCUCUAGUGCACAUGGCCUUCUAGAGUACUCUACCUACCUACCUUGACUUUCUCUGAUGCACAUUCUUUGAGUCGUUUUUACCGCUCUGUCUUUCCUAAUUUCGAUCUAUAAUUUUAAAAUGGCCUGGCCUAAUCCCUUCAAACGAAAGACUGAGAAUACCCGAACAUGCUGGGGUUACACGUUCGAGUUAACGCCCGAGCACCUCACGCCGGAGCAGAUGCACCCUCUGAAACACUCGUACGACGUCCUAGGCGAACAGGCCUUGCUGCGACUGAACGAGAUCUCACCGCCACCGCGCAACGCGCUACCACGUAACAGCAGCCAGUAUGCCGCGCGCAUGGACAAGACGGGCGAAGCGCCGGAAGAACAGGAUAGAUCGCUAGGUGAUGAUCGGUCGCCGGGGAAAAGGGACGAACAUACGCCACCGCGCAGGGAUCUGUACGCUCUGUUGCGUGAUAAUGCGGACAAGGACGAGAAGCUGGGCGAGCUGUGGCGACAGCUCAACACGGUGCCCGAAUGGGUUGACUGGGAGCAGAUCGAGCGGGGACAGGAUGUCUUCUAUCGGUACGGCAGCGCCGCGCUGACGGGCCUGGCAUACCAGUCCUUACUAGGUGGAAUGGGCGCCGCGCGCGUGGUGGAGACAUUAGCCAGAACAGGUGGAUUCAGUACCAAAGUCGCCAGGAGGAGGAUCUUCGAAACGACGCAGCACAUCCUACAGUGUACGAAGAGCAUAGAGAACCUGAAACCGGGUGGCGAGGGCUUUGCCAGCAGCGUGCGGGUCCGGUUACUCCACGCCGCUGUGCGCCUGCGCAUCAUGAAGCUGGCAGAGUCGCGGCCGGAAUAUUACAAGCUCGAGGAAUGGGGCGUGCCGAUAAACGACCUGGACAAUCUCGCAACCAUCGGCACCUUCUCUGCCACGCUCAUCUGGCUCAGCUUUCCCCGCCAAGGUAUCUUCAUCCGGGAGCAGGAGGCCACGGACUACAUCGCUUUGUGGCGCUACAUCGGCUACCUUCUUGGGACGCCCACCGACCAUUUCGAGACGCCGGAGAAGGCAAAGAAGAUGAUGGAUGUCCUGUUACUCUACGAGAUUCAGCCAACCAGCACGUCUAAAAUCUUGGCCAACAACAUCAUCAAGAGUUUGCAGGACCAACCGCCCUAUUUCGCCAGUUCCGACAUGCUGAUCGCAUCCGCGCGAUGGCUUAACGGCAACGAGCUGUGUGACCGCCUGGGGCUGCCGCGCCCAUCUCUUUAUUACUGGGCGCUCAUGGCGGGGCAAUGCAUCUUUUUCAUGGCGAUGAACUAUGGGUACCGCAGCGUGCCGAGCUGGGACAGGAAGAAGAAUGCGAUGACGCGUAAGGUCUUUUGGCAGUUCAUCGUCGAAAGCAAGUGGGGGAUGGGCGGGGACAAGACAAAUUUCGACUUCAAGUACGUGCCCGAAUACGGCAUCUUGACGGAACUGGGCGAGUCGCAGCCGGCAGUGUUGAGCAGUGCGGGAGGGGUUGAGCGGAGGAACCUGAAGUGGUUGCUCAUCGGGCUGGGGACUUGGGCUGUUGGAUCGUACGUGGGGCUGAAGGUGGUGUCAGGUGUGGUUUCAGGGGUGACAAGGGUGACUCGAUACGCUUGGCGGUGA